UUAUCUGUUUAUCUACACCUGUUCAUAAGCAAAUAUAUGUAUAUACCUAGGCUGAAAAUAAAAGCAACCCGAUCAAACAAUCGUCUUCUAAGUUCAGAAAGUGAGUAGGUGUGUCAUCUAGUGUGAGUGAGUGACUCGUGUUCAUGAGAGGAAUACUUACCGCUCCUCGCCGGACUCGAGUUACGAGUCUACGACAGCCGACAGAGAAGAAGCUGUGAUUGUACUUCUGGACGUUUUUCCUAUUGAUUAUUCACAUUUACCUCAGGACGGUUAUUCAACAUGCUGGGGAGGAAAAAGAAACCAGAGACAGUUCAGACUGAACCCAAAGCGUACGAGGCGAAAACCCACGAUCCGCUUCGGAGGCUUGGUGUGUUGGAUGAUGAAGAUGUGCGCCUGAUGCUGCAGGGGUCAAAGAUGAUGAAGGUUCGAUCUCAGCGUUGGCGGAAGGACAGAAACCUGAAGCUUCUGGAGGACUGUGUGACAGUUUGGUGUGAGUCCAGCAAAACCUCCCGCAAAGGCAAAAGACAGCAAACCUUCUCUGUGACAGAGGUGGAGUGUGUGCGGGAAGGCUGUCAGUCGGAGUGUCUGCGACGAAUGGCAGAUCUGGUUCAAGAGACCCACUGCUUCACUGUGGUCUUCCGCGGAGGAAGGAAAAGCCUGGAUCUGUGCUGCUCCACACAAGACGAAGCGGAGCAUUGGGUUCGAGGCCUCCGAACACUCAAAGACCGCAUCUCCAACAUGAGCCAGAAAGAAAAACUGGACCAUUGGAUCCGAAGCUAUCUAAGACGUGCAGAUCAGAACCAGGAUGGGAAGAUGAGCUACGACGAGGUGAAACAUCUGCUCCAGCUGAUCAACAUUGACCUGAACGAACAGUAUGCACGCACCCUCUUUAAGAAGUGUGAUCGCUCAUGUGACGGGCGGCUGGAUCACGUGGAGAUUGAGGAGUUCUGUCGUGAGCUGAUGCGCAGGCCGGAGCUGGAUGCAGUGUUCAGGCAUUAUUCUGGUAACGGAUGUGUGCUCACAUCAUUGGAGCUGCGCGAUUUUCUCGGGGACCAAGGUGAAGAUGCAUCACUGGCCCAUGCGAAGACUCUCAUCCACACCUAUGAGCUCAACAACUGGGCACGGAAGAAUCUUUUCAUGACCCAGAACGGUUUCACCAUGUACAUGCUCUCGCAAGAGAACGAUGUGUUUAACCCGGAUCACACUCACGUGUAUCAGGACAUGAGCAGACCACUGGCACACUAUUACAUCUCUUCCUCUCAUAAUACAUACCUCACCAAAGACCAGGUGACCAGCGACAGCAGCACAGAGCCUUAUAUCAGAGCUCUGCAUCAGGGGUGUCGCUGUGUUGAGCUGGACUGCUGGGACGGUGAUAAAGGAGAACCCAUGAUCUACCAUGGGCACACGCUCACCUCCAAAGUGCUCUUUAAAGAAGUCAUUGAGACCAUCGCUCAGUACGCCUUCAAGACAUCUCCGUAUCCUCUGAUCUUGUCCCUGGAGAAUCACUGCUCAGUGGAGCAGCAGGCGGUCAUGGCACAGCACCUGCGCUCCUUUCUGGGAAAGAAGCUCCUGAGAAAGCCGCUCAAUGACCUGCCCCUCAAAGAGCUGCCCUCACCUGAGGAGUUGAUGGGGCGCAUCCUGCUGAAGGGGAAGAAGUUAGGUGGUCUGCUGGGAAAGACUGACAGCUGGACUAGCUUCUCAUGUAGCUCAGAUGAAGAGUCUGUGGCUGGAGGAGGUGGGAACAAAAAGGAAUCCAAAAAUGAUCCUGGGAGGUCUAUGAGCACUAAAAUGAGCCCAGAGCUGUCCGAUCUGGUGGUGUAUUGUCAGAGUGUGCCUUUCAGUGGUUUCGAGACAGCCGGUCAAAGACCUCCCAGCAUGAUGUCCUCUUUCUCUGAGAAUGAGGCGCUCAAACUCAUCAAAGACUCAGGGAAGUUGUUUGUUCGACACAAUAGUUGGCAGCUGAGCAGGGUUUACCCAUCAGGCCAGAGGUUGCAGUCCUCCAACUACGACCCUCAGGAUAUGUGGAACGGAGGCUGCCAGAUGGUGGCUCUGAACUUCCAGACACCAGGAGAGCAGAUGGACCUGAACCAGGGCCGAUUUCUUCCCAACGGCCGCUGCGGAUAUGUGCUUAAACCUGACUUCCUGUGUGACCCAAAGUCCAACUUUGACCCUGAGAACACAGGUGGAGGACCAGGACAUAUACCCACACAACUUACCAUACGGGUGAUCUCAGCCCAGCAACUUCCUAAAAUAAACCCAGACAAUCCCAACUCCAUUGUGGACCCGCAGGUCUGGGUGGAGAUCCAUGGCGUUUCCAUCGAUAAGGCUCGUGCAAAAACCCAACGCAUUGACAACAAUGGUUUCAAUCCCCGCUGGGACUGUACUGUGAGCUUUCAGCUGCAGGUGCCUGAACUGGCCUUGGUGCGUUUCAUGGUGGAAGAUCAUGACUAUAAAUCCAACAAUGAUUUCAUUGGCCAGUUCACACUCCCAUUCAUCAGCCUACGAACAGGUUAUCGUCAUGUCCACCUGCUAAAAGCUGACGGCUCUAGUCUGUCUCCUGCCACACUCUUCAUCCAUGUAAAGGUGGUACGGCGAGGAGUUCCUAUUAAAACCGUUUCGGAGCGGAAAGGCAAGGCCUGAGGCUUCUGUCAUGAUUCCUGGAAAUGUAUAUUUCUGGAAGUACCUUACUGAAGGAAAAUCCCCUGAGCCGGGCUCUUGAGGUGCUAGGACUCUUCAGAAGGAGAGCACCUAUAAAAGCACUGGACGAACAAGCACAAACACUGUGCACAACAACCUGCAGAAAGUUAAUGUAGUUUGUCAGUUUGUGAUUCAAAGUGCAUUUUUUUAUCUUUAUUGUUCUUUUAUGCUAUCGUCUGCAGAGCAGAACGUCAAAAGUUUUAUAGAAGUGUUAUGGUUGAAGCUUAAAGGGUUACUCCACUCCAAAAUGAAAAUGUUGUCAUUAAUCACUUACCCCCAUGUUGUUCCAAACCCGUAGAAGUUUUGUUCAUCCUUUGAGCACAAUUUAAGAUAUUUUGGAUGAAAACUGGGAGGCUUGAGACUGUACCAUAGUGUAAUAGUCUCAAGACUCCUGGAAUUUUGUUUAAUUGUGUUUUAAAGAUGAACAAAUCUUUUACGGGUUUGGAACGACAUGGGGGUAGGUGAUUAAUGACAACAUUUUCAUUUUGGAAGUAUCCCUUUAAGAUGUUAUGAAGUCAGUAUUAUUAAAAGUUACAAGUCAGUGUUGUUUAUAGAGCCAUUUUCCAUUAAGACUGAAUAUUUUAAUUGAACUUAAACUAGUCUUUAAAUGCUGGGCAGGAAUUAUGUUUACAUGUAGACAGAAAUGAACUGUCUUUAAUUUUGUUAUAGUUUGAAUCUUGUCGUUUUGUUGGUGGUUCUGAUAUGCUGAACACUGAUAGCAAGGUAAAGAAAGUGUAGAUUUUUUUUUUUUAAAGAUUACAAGAGUCAUGACUAUUUUUUUGCAAGUUUUUUUUUAAUUAUUGUUUUAAACAACAAAAGUGAUUCAGCAGUUUAUAAGUAAUAAGAAAUCAGUAGUUAUCAGUAAUUAAGCAAUCCGAGUAAUAAGAUAUUUCUGAAAAAUAAUAAUAUAUAAUAAUGUAAUUAAUAUAAUAAAUUAAUGAAUAUAAUAAAUAUUACAUAUUUUUUAAACAGCUACCAAUAAUGAUGAAUACUGUUUAACAGUGUCAGUCAAUGUGAGACAUAAUAUUUGAUCAUUAAAGCUAAAAGCAAGCACUGAAAAUGUCCUAAGAUGGUCAAAAUAUGGUUAAAUGUUAUAAAAUUACAUGACUUGACCAGUGUUCCUGCCUGAAGAUGCAGCCAACUAUAUCACUUGCCGCUUGAUGCUUAGUUUAACAUCCAAGUUUGUUGAAUCGUGAAAAUAUGUGGUUAUUAAUAUACUAGGCUGUUUAGCAUGAUAUUAUAUAGUAAUAUGUGCUGCUUCUGUAAAGACGUGUAAAAUGUAGAUGUUCUGUUUCACAGUAGAAAACAGAACAUGUCUUGAUUGUAAUGUCUUACUUGUUUAUACAGUACUGUAUGUGUAAGAUAGUGUAUACAUGCUCAAAUUUGAGAAAUAAUACAUUAUUUUUUAAGUU